AUGUUGAUAUUUUCUGUAGGCAUUAAAUGUGGUGGACUUCUGUCAGCACCAUACGGCAAUAUUUCAAGCCCAAAUUUCCCAGGACUUUAUCCGUAUGAUACAGAUUGUACGUGGCUCAUAGUGGUAACAGAAGGAUCCUCUGUACUGCUCACUUUUCAACAUUUUGACCUGGAAUAUCAUGAUAAUUGCGAAUUUGAUUACAUCAAGAUCUUUAAUGGGGUUUCUGAAGACCAAGGAAAUCUGCUUGGUAAAUUUUGUGGCACAAGUUUUCCUCCACCAUUUACCUCAUCCUGGAAUAUCAUGACUCUAAUAUUUCACUCAGAUAACCAUGUGGCCAGUCAAGGAUUCUCAGCAGUUUACCAAAAAGAUGUUUGUGGGGGUGUGCUCACAGGAUUGUCUGGAUCAAUCACAAGCCCCGAUUACCCAGAGAAUUAUCCCAAUAAUGCUGAGUGCCACUGGGUCAUCCAGGGAACGUCCAAUUCUGUCAUCAAACUGAUUUUUGUUGACUUCCAGAUGGAACACAGCGAGCAGUGUAAUUUUGACUAUGUGGCCAUCUUUGAUGGGCCCACAAUGGAGGAUACUCUUCUCAGUUACUACUGUGGAAACACGAAACCUCCAGAGGCGGUAUCUUCUGCACGUGAACUUUUGGUUGUAUUCAAAUCAGAUUUUAACAUUGCUAACAAAGGCUUCAAGGCGUAUUUCUUUUCAGGUGCAUGUCAGGAAGUGUAUACCGCUGUCAAAGGAAAUUUCUCCAGUCCUCAAUAUCCACACUCUUACCCCAAUAAUAUCAAGUGUCGAUGGACCAUCCAGCUGCCGCUAGGUUAUCGAAUCAAAGUUUUUUUCCUGGACCUGGAUCUCGAGGGACGGAACAGCCUGACAGAUGGUUGUGAUUAUGACCAUUUGGCUGUGUUUGAUGGAGGUACUGAGAAGGCAUCUCUGCUAGGAAAGUGGUGUGGGAGAGAAAUGCUAUCUCCAAUUAUAUCUAGUAGAAACAACUUGCUGUUGGUCCUUCACACUGAUAGGAAUACAGCCAACCGAGGUUUCUUGGUAGCAUAUUAUGGAGUUGUCCCUAUGAACGUCAGCUGCACAAGAACAGAGUUUCAUAUCCAAAUCCCCACACAGUCUUUGGCCCAGCUGGAGCGAAAUAAAAUCUACUUAGGAAUCCCCUCCUGCCCUGCGCAAGUGGUUGGCUUGACCUUUCGGAUACAUGCAAGAUUUGAAACCUGUGGCAUGGAACCGCAAAAAAGGAACAACACAUCUGUGAUUGUCAGCAUUUUGUACAUUGACUUUUCCGAUGGAAACCAGGAGGAUAUUCACCAAUACGAAGUGCAAUGUGAGCCUAAAAGGAAAGAGGCCCUUGUGAAUCUGAUCUCUGGCUCUAAUCCCUACAGGCUGAACCAGUAUGCUGAGAAUCUGGUAGAGUCCCAGCCAAAGGAUGUAGGAGUAGCAGAUGUCUAUGAGAGCAAGGCUCAAGAUACCAGUGACUUUGUCUUCAUCAGCAUCUGUGUCCUUGCUGGGGUCCUAAUGGUGAUUGCUAUUGUUGGGUUAGUCUUAUUAUAGGCAUCUGCCUCUUUGCUUGUGCUCCUGUACUGUUAGAGCACUUUCUUUGAUUUAUUGGGUUUACAGUGCAUUCAGAAAGUAUUCACUUUUGUCAAUUUUGUUAUGCUGCAGCCUAAUUCUACGGUUGUUGAAAUUCAUUUUUCUCUCUCAUUAAUCUACACUCAGUACCCCAUUAUGACAAAGUGCAAACAGAAUUUUAGAGAUGUCCAUAAAUUUAUGCGCUUUAUAGCUAUCCAUUUUACAAUUGCAAUUCUAAGCAGUGCAGAAAGGAUUAAUACCAAAUAGCAAUAGCACUUACUUAUAUACCGCUCCACAAGUGCUUUUACAGCACUCUCUGAGUGGUUUACAACAUCAUCAUAUUGCCCCCAACAAUCUGGGACCUGACAUUACUGAUCUCAGAAGGAUGGAAGGCUGAGUCAACCUUGAGCCCAUGAGGUUCAAACUCCUGGCAAUGGGCAAACUUAGCCUGCAAUAUUGCAUUCUAACCACUGUGCCACCAAGGCUAAAUAAAAACAAAAACAUUACAAACCACAAUUAUUAAUGAAAUGACAGGCAAACCAACUCCACUGAUGGCAAGCAAAUCAGCACAAAAUCACACCUAACCUCCAGACUUUAUGCUCAAUGAACAGACAGAUCAGAGGUGGGUUCUACUUACCUUUACUACCGGUUUGCAACGGAGCCACACGAGCGUGUUUCUACGCAUGCACAGAAGCUUCUGCGCAUGCACAGAAGCUUCUUGAUGAUGUCAGGGUCGGUGGGCGGAGCCUCCCAACGGUUUUACUACCAGCUCUAUAGAACCAGUCCAAACCGGGGCAACCCACCACUGAGCCAGAUCUUCAAAAAGUUGUGACUUGCUAGCAGGGUCAGUGUAGCGUUCUCUGCCUGUUGCCACCAGCAACCAGGAAGAGCCUCUGAUUGGCCACAAAUUGACAGCUCUUUUGGCGGGAGACGUAAGCGUUAACCAUUGGCUACAACUCUGACAGCUGAUGGUAUAAAUAGCGGUUCUGUCACAAGUUGUUCUUGUUGCAUUCUGGUUACUUGUUGUUAAACAAUAAACAGCUGUGUUUGAGUUA